AGUACAUACAAUGUUCGACAUCAGAUAUCUGAAACUGUGUUCAUGCAUGGGAAAUGCAGUCAAAUAGCUUUUUUGACGGUUACAUUUUGUGACAUUAAUCAGGCAGUUUUAGAGACGCCUAAUAAGUGGUAUUUGAAAAGGGUCCAUCCAUUCCGUCAUAUUCCUGAGCCUCGUACAAAUAUUUUUCUUCCUUGAGUUUGUGGAAGCUAGCUAAUUAACGACAAUGUCCACUUCCAAAAAAAACAAGGGGAAGAAAGUAAUACAUCAAGACGAACUUCGCAGGCUGAUGAGAGAGAAACAAAGACAAACAACGGAUAAAAAGCGAAUCGAGUCUCCUUAUGCCAAGUACAACAGUCUUGGGCACCUCAGUUGCGUAGUCUGCAAUGUGCAUGUCAAAUCAGAAUUAUUGUGGCCGACCCACAUUCUCGGGAAGCAGCACAAGGAGAAAGUUUUAGAUCUUAAAAGUUCAAAACAGUCGACUGCAAGCCACGGACCCCAACCCCUUUUGAAAAGAAAAGCAUUGGUUUCUGAAGUUACUAAUGCUGAGAAGAAGUCUAAAUCCCAGUCGUCUGCAGUCAGUCAGCCAGGACUGCCUGUAGAUUUUUUUGAAAACGCAGAGAAACCAACUGGUUCCGUUCCGAAGAACUCAGGAUUGAGUCUUUUGGCUGGAACCUAUGAUGAGGAUGAAGGCAAUGAAGAGGAGAAAUCCGAUGCCGAGGCACCAGGUUCCAGUGUCCAGAAAGAUGUACCUGCCCCUGGACUUCCUGCUGACUUUUUUGACGGCUCCAUCCCACCCGUUCCAACUGCUUCUCACUCAGGGUCAAUCCUCAAAGCAGAUGAACCAGAGAUGAUCGUAGAGAAGAAGGACAAUACAGCCGAGGCCCUACCAGAGGGCUUUUUUGAUGAUCCAGUAAGAGAUGCAAAAGUUCGCAAUGUGGACGCACCCAAAGAUCUGCUGGACAAGGAAUGGGAUGAGUUUCAAAAAGAAAUGCGCCAGGUGAACACCAAGUCAGAGGCCAUUGUAGCUGAAGAUGACGAGGAGGGACGCCUCGAGCGUCAAAUCGAUGAAAUUGAUGAACAAAUGGAAUGUUAUCGAAGGGUGGAGUUAUUGAGGAAUAAGCAGGAUGUUGUGAGAGGGAAGUUUGUGAAGGAGAAAACUCAAGGGUCUGGGGCCUCUGGGGGAAGUGAUGAGGAAGAGGACGAAGAGGAGUUGCUUCACUUGCUAUCACGUGACUGGAGGGCCAAGGGGGCGCUUGCAUAAAGGUCUUGGGAGCCUUUGUCAACUGGAGAAUGUUUGUGUUUGUGGCUGUAAAUAAAGUUUAAAGUUGAACUGAA